AUGGCUGAUGAAUGUAUGGAGGAAGAGUUUUCAAUGCCUGCAAAGCCCAAACCGCAGCGGGACCCUCUGCUGGAGCUGGUGUCUCUGCAGAAGGCUUCGGGCUGCUGGGAGUUAGAGCCAGAACUGGCCAAAACCCUGAGCCAGACGAGCCAAGACCUCCAGGACAAACGACCUUCAAUGGCAAACAAAGAGGUGUGGGCCACAAUUGUGGCUCUGGUCUGGCUUCAUGGUCUGAAAGCUGAUGCCAAGGACGAGUGGGAGCUGCUGGUCAUGAAAGCCGCCACAUGGCUGCGCUCACAGAAUGCUGCAGGCCUGUCCGAGUGUGUGGAAGCUGCCAAUGCUCUUCUGGGUUGCAGUGUUCAGAAAGAUGCCCUGGGACUCUAA